CCCGGAAGUGCCGCUGCGAGUGCCGCUGCUUCCACCGCCGCCGUCGCCACCCGCGCAGUACUAGGAGCCCUGGUCCCCGACAGGCAGAGCCUGGUGCCCGCCGCCCUGAAGCCCGUGGCUUGCGGCGCCGAGGCGGCCGCAUCCCCUACCCCGGGUCCCACUCCAUCCUCGUGACCCGCCCCCGCCCGGAGGAGGAGCCGUGGCAAGUGGGAGGUGGAGGGAGAGGUUUACUAGAGGGAGCGAGGCCGCGCGAGGCGCCGGCGGUUCGUAUUACCGGGGUCGGGAGGAGGGGCCGGGCCGGCGGGCCAGCGCAGGAAGGGCGGUAGGCGCGGAGGAGGCGAGGGCGGCCUCGAUUUGAGGAGGCGGGCGAGAGGCCGGGGCUACGUCUUAGGUGGACCAGCUCUAGUCUGCAGGGCGGGGGGCACCCUCCCACUCCGCAAGCCUACGCCAGGGCCGUGGCGGCCAGGCCUCACCUUUCCGCAGGCCGGGAGCAGUCCGCCGCCGAGGGCUUGUCCCUGGGCCCGGGGGAGCGUGAGGGUGCGGGGGCCGGAGCGGCGCGGCCAGGUGAUGGUGGGUCCCUGUGCUUUUGAAGAAAGGGGACUCCCAGAGCAGCCGUGUCCUGGGUCUGCCCCUGUGAGGCCCUUGAACAUCAGCUCUAGGCAAGUUGGGCGGUUGUGAGAUUGCCCGUCUCCGUUAAGUGCCCUUAGGAUGCAGUGAUUGGGGACCAAGCUCUCCCUCUGGGAGGGGCUCUGCCUCAGCUGGGGACCUGGGUGCAGACAGGGACAGAAUGAUGCUGUCCGAGCAAGCCCAGAAGUGGUUUCCAACCCACGUGCAGGUCACAGUGCUCCAAGCCAAAGGUCUUAAGCCAAAAGGCAAAAGUGGCACCAAUGACACAUACACUAUAAUUCAGCUGGGCAAGGAAAAGUACUCCACCUCCGUAGCUGAGAAAACCCUUGAGCCAGUCUGGAAGGAAGAGGCCUCCUUUGAGCUACCCGGCUUGCUAAUGCAGGGCAAUCCAGAGAAGUACAUUCUUUUCCUCAUAGUUAUGCACAGGUCCCUGGUGGGGCUGGAUAAGUUUUUAGGGCAGGUGGCAAUCAAUCUCAAUGACAUCUUUGAGGACAAACAAAGAAGGAAAACAGAGUGGUUUAGAUUAGAAUCCAAACAAGGAAAAAGAGCCAAAAACAGGGGUGAGAUAAAGGUCAAUAUUCAAUUCAUGAGGAACAACAUGACAGCAAGUAUGUUUGACUUGUCAAUGAAGGACAAGACCAGGUCUCCCUUUGCAAAACUGAAAGAUAAGGUGAAAGGGAGAAAAAACGAUGGGACGUUUUCGGAUACGUCUUCUGCAAUCAUUCCAAGUUCUCACUUGACUGAUGCCAGUUCUGAAUUUUCAAGUGGUGAGAUACAGAUGAAAUCCAAACCAAAAAAGCCUUUCCUGUUGGGUCCUCAGCGACUCUCUUCGGCGCACUCAAUGUCCGAUUUAACCGGGACCCACGUGUCUUCUGAGAAGCUGAAGUCUGGCCCCACUGGUCAAACGCAUCUUCUCGGCCGCCGGGUGGAUUCCUUUGGAAUGGUUCCAGAAAGCGGAAGUCUCAAAUCCCCCCACAGAAGAACAUUAAGCUUUGAUACUUCUAAAAUGAACCAGCCCGACGGUAGCGUGGAUGGAGGCGAGUCGUCUUUCGGAAGACAAAGUGACCCAUUUACCAAUGUGACUGCCUCAUUACCCCAAAAGUUUGCAACACUGCCAAGGAAGAAAAACCCAUUCGAAGAAAGUAGCGAAUCCUGGGACAGCGGCGUGACUUUAUUUUCAAAAUCCAUUGAAGUAAGAAAAGAAAAUAAAAGAGAGAAAAGGGAGAAAGUCAGCCUGUUCGAGAGGGUGACCGGAAAAAAGGACAGCAGAAGGUCUGAGAAACCCCACAACGGGGCGGCCGGCAGCCCUUGUGACUUGAAAUCACCUAAUGCAUUUAGCGAAAAUCGGCAGGACUAUUUUGAUUACGAGUCAACUAAUCCGUUUACAACAAAAUUCAGGGCCUCUCAUAUAAUGCCAUCUUCAAGUUUUCCUAUGAACCCGACAAGCAGUGAAGACCUCAGGAAAAUUCCGGACAGCAACCCUUUCGAUGCCACUGCGGGGUACCGCAGCCUGACCUAUGAGGAGGUGCUCCAGGAGCUCGUGAAGCACAAAGAGCUGCUGAGGAGGAAGGACACCCACAUCCGGGAACUCGAGGACUACAUCGACAACCUCCUGGUGAGGGUGAUGGAGGAGACGCCCAGUAUUCUCCGGGUGCCCUACGAACCAUCCAGGAAGGCCGGCAAGUUCUCCAACAGUUAAAGAGCCAGUUGUACCCUGCUUACAGUUAGAGGGGAAAGAAGGGAAGAAAGAGAAAGAAAGCAAAGGACAGGGAAAAAAAGAAAGAAAGACUUGUUACCAAAAGGGACUACGCUUCCAGAUUUCAUCACAUGCUCUUCUCCAUUGUGAAAAGGUGUUUUACCUGCAAAUACCAGCAGGGACUAUCAAGAGAGACCUUUGAAGUGAGCUAUGUAAUUUAAACUUUUAAAGUUUAAAAGUGAAAAUGGGCCAGCUUCUCGAUCAGUAAGCAGUUCCUAGGACUCCCUUAGGUGCUGGAGCCAGCCUGUGUCUCCCCCAUAGGCCUAGGAAUGUCUUCAAAGGUACAUGAAUUAUUCCUCAGGAAUAUAUUUCUCAUCAGUUGAUAUGUGGCAAUUGAUACUGUGGUUGGUUUCCCAGCAUUCAGUUUGUUGACAGUUUAGCUGCAGGAAUACUGCUCAUUAUAAACACUACUUUAAAAAAAAACUUCAUGUUUUAUAUACACAUAUACGUACAUGAAUAUAAGCUUACGUAUAUUCGUAUAUAAAAUACGUGGAUAUACCUCACAUAUACAUGUGUUUUUAGGACACUUAAGAACAACUGGUUGCCUCUCAAAUUAGGAUGCCAGUUCUGAACUUGAAAUCGUGCGUGCGUGGUUGACGCACAGCAGACCCCCAUCACUACGACAGUAUUAUGGUUGGUGCCAGGGAGGUUGCUUCAGUCACUCCAGACGCCGUGAACCUUGGUUUUGAAAUGGGCUGCUGCUCUGGCCACUCCUGCAUCAGAUGUUUGCUCUUCCUCCAAAAGUAACGCUCCAAAAGUCCUUUUUUAACUUUACUAACUUCACAGCAGCAUGGAUUUCUUGAAUUCAUUUUUUAUCUUAACAUUUGAGUUUUCUCGAAGCUCUAAGCAGAAGAUAAGCUAAUGUAAUUUGUUUUGUUGAGAUUCUGAAUGCCUAUAAAUCACUCGCAAAGAAAAUAUUAAGAAGUUCAAGCUGAAGAUAAUUUGGUGGGGGAGUAGGUGAUCGUCUGAUGCCUGAUAAUCCAAAGCAGUGGGCAAACUCUGGGAAUAAAGCAUUAGGCUCGGUUUCCAGUUACAUAAAUAAUAGAACAGAUGGUUGCAUUUGGGUCUUGAACCAAAAUACCAGUCACUAAAGGAGGACUGAGCUUGCAGGCGAGAUCUGGACUAGCAUGAGGUUACACAUUAUUCCUCACCGACCCUUUUAAGAACUGAUUUAUCACAAAAUUAUGUGUUGGCUUUUAAAAAUCAGUCUGCAGCCCCCCAAAAUGUUGAUUGCCUCUAUGAGUUAUCUUUAUAUAUUUGUACAAAAUUAGUCUGAAAUUUAGAGUGAAAAACACUGGUUAUAAAAACAUUACUAAUUACUACUUUUUACCUUAAAAAUCUAAAAUACUUGCCAUGAAACAGCGAAUCUGUCUUUUCUGAACUUAAAAUGAAAACAUUCCUGUAUGUGGAGACAUGUAUUUCUCAGUCUUUUAAUGAAGUGUAUUUUUGUCUAAUACGUGUCCCUACUAAGACUUCGUUGAAAGUUAAAUACAAAGCAGAUACCAGAGUUUUGCUCAUUUUAAUGGUUUGAAUUGUAUAAUAGUUGGUAAGCUUAUAUUCAGUGUAUAAGCUAAAAUCCCUUGUUACUUAUAUUUUCUGAGUUUUUUUUAGUUUUCCUGUAUGUAAGAGCGUACAUUUUGAAAUUAUGAAAAUUUUCCCCAAAUACAAAACUAAUUUUUUGAAAUGAAGAAACGAAGAAGGAAAAACAGCUUUACCAACUUUCCCUUCUUACGUGUUUCUCUAAUAAACCUCCGAGUCUGGUGUAGAGUUUUAUUUUCCCAUUUGAAGUCUUAAUUACUUUUUUAAAUGGUGCCAUUUUUAACAUUUAUUAAAUAUGAAAAAAUUCUUAGCAUUUAUUUUUUCUGUUGUUAGUAUGAUUGAAGCUUGUUUUAUACUUUUUUAAAAAAAAUACCAAAAUCCAUGUGUUUUUAGUAGGAUGACAGAUUAUUUGCAGAGAUUUUAAUAUGCUUUGGCCAAAUUUUCUCUUUAUAGAAUGAACCGGGAUGUUGGUUUUGUGUUGGGGGUAUGUUUUAUGUGAAAGAGCUCAUUAAAAAGUAUGGUUCAAGUAACUGCUGUUCUUUUUAUGAGGAAAUUCAUUUUUAAGGAGACAUUCUUUGCUUAUAUAAAAAUUGUUAAGAAUGAGACUUAUCCACAUGUGAGCAAUUUAGUUAUAAGUGACCCAAUAGUUGUAUCUUUAAAUCUGAGACAAGAAUUAUAUUGAAAAUGCAAUCUGCAUUUAUCACUGCCUAAAAAUGUUCUAUUUGGAUGUUUACGAAGUUUCACUCAUGACCUAGAAGACAACGUAUUAUAUAUAUUUUCGUAGUUUGUGAAUGUAAGAAACUGAAAACCAGGAUGUGAAAAUCAGUCAGCUCCCCAGUAAACAUAUCAGUGUUUCCUGCGUUUGGGCAGAAGUGCAAACAGAGUAUUUUUAUUUCCUAACAUCCCAGAAGAGACGACAGAAAGGUCACUUUAGUUUGUUUUUCCAAAAUGUAACUUUUAAGUAUUAAUGGCGUAUUUUGUUAGUAGCUUAGAAAUGCAAAUAAAAUAUAGGUACUCAUUAAAUAAUGCACAGCACUAUAGGCUUAUAAAUGGAUUUUAUUUAUGCUUAGAAAUGCAUGCUCAAAAAUACUUUCACACCAGUAAGAGGAUUUUUUUUUUUAAAUCACAGAAUUGAUGCUUAUCUCAAACCUAAGUUAAUAUACUUCUGUUAUUAAAGUAUUUCUAUUAUUUUACAACCAGUUUCCGUCCCAGCUUUGAAAUUCAGUUUUGAAAGUACUGAACAUACUAUAUACUGUUUUUCCACCGAGGCUUCCAUUUCAUUUGCUGACUCCCAGGGUCCUGUCUCAGCAUUGUACAUAGAGUGACGCGUCCCCAUUCAUGAGAAACGCUCACGUGUUGCUUUUGGCUGCUGUGUUCUGCGUUGAGCCUGGUUCUGCCAUGCCCCCACGAAUGUAGUGUUAUCCAUAGAUUAUACAUAACCACGUCUAUUGCUUUUGGCAGCAAAUGAAGAUGUCGUUGUAAUUUUCCAGCUGUGAAAAUGUUGCCUUGUAUUUAAAAGGGUUUCAUGGCUGGAAACCUCAGUAAAACGCAGCUCAUUAGUGACAGCCCUGCCUGCCUCCCCCCCCCCCCCCCCCCCCCCGUCCACCACCCCCACCAGGGUGCUUGUUCUUUAGCAAGGAGAAUGUGAGAAGAAAAGGACUGUCUUCAAUAUAUCUAGUACCUGUUACACUAGAGCUUUUAUUUGCCUCUGGAGCUUUCCAGGAAAAGCUACCUACCUUGGAUGUGUAAGCGGAGCUGAAACUUUGAUGUCCGUGCACUCACGUGUCUCAUCCAUGUGCUAGGUGUCACUGGGGCGUGUGUAAGUGAACGUGGAGCAUGCUCGACCUCUUUGAAGUGGGAGGUGAAGGAUCGCAGCGCCGCUGGUUGGGGAGGUAGAUGCGGGGGUCUGUCAGCACACAGUGGAGGGCCCCCAUUCUCACAGAUUUUUAACUUCGCUAAUCCACACACAGUUAUUGGAAGUAUUUAAUAUGCAAUAGGUAGCACCUUAACUAAUUAACCUGCAUCUGAAGGGUUUUCUGUUGUGUUUAAUAAGCAGUGUAGCAACUCUCCAAGCAGUAAGCUAGAGUUGUUGUUUUAUUUCAUUUCUAUGCCAAAAACCCACCUUUACCAUGGAAUCGAAGUCUGUAACAAAUGAUCCAUUGGGCCUGUUAAUCUUUGAAGCUCCCAGAUGGUUUGUAUUUCCAGGUACAAAAAAAUGCUGCAGAUCUAGAAAUGUAUAUAUAUUUAGCAGGUAUUUGAAAGAUACAAGCAUUAUUUAUAACGGAAGAGUAUUACACUUAAGUAAAAUGCUCUAGUAACUUGUAUACGUUUUUGCAGGUACAAACUCAAAAGUAUGUAAGCAUUGCAUAAUGUGACAAUUAUAUAAUUUAUGUACUCUGAUGCAUGAA